AUGAAUGAUCCAAUAAAGACAUCGCCAAAAGCAAGGCAUAAGGUGCUCGAUGAAAUAACUGGUGUCUUUUGGUCUUUGCAAGAAAACCAAGCAAAAAGGUAUUUGCCAUUAAGUCCCUUGGCCUGGUUGUGGAGAAAACCAGAACCAGAAGUCAAACUUGUGUUAUGUGAUAAUGAGAAAGAAAGACAUAAGUAUGAAGAAGCAUUGAUUGCUAUCACUGUUGAAGAAACCUUAAAACGUUACUGUCAACGCAUUGGACGACCAGAUUUUUGGGGAGGGGAGUCGGAAAUUUUGUUUAGUUUGUAGGAAGAAAAACAAGAUUCUGAAAAUUGAAAUUAAUAAUGGUUGUGAUGAAAACAGGUGGAAGUGAAGGUGAAAGAGAAUUGGAGACAAGAUGAAGGGCUUUUCAGGUAUUAUGGGUAUUUAGAAAAAAUACAGCUGCUGUUGAAGAUGUUGAAAGGCACUGGGGUACCACUUUACCUGGUAAUUAGAGCCAUCCGGUCAGCCUACUGCAAUGGGGCAAAAGAAGUUGUUCCUGAGCUUAUUUGCCCGGAAAAUAGAAAGUUUUUGGGCAAAGGGUAUAAAGGUCAAAACAAGGGAUUGUUUGAUUAUAUAAUUAUGAUAGUUUUGUGUGUAUAGCGAAAGGUGCAAGUGAGGAAUCGUAUACAACGACUUUUGAAGUUCCUGAUGUUAAAAUGCGCUAGCA